GGCAUGAAUGCGGUGCUACGAAUGUGAUUCAAAACUAGAUGCUUAUUAUAGACCAACCCUACGCUUCCAUUUGUCCAGUAUUUCUUGACUGUGCUAUAAUUGGCGCAAAGGGUACAUCCACAUCCACUUCUAUAUACACCCACAUCCAACCUUCAGCCUUACCUAUACUAACUAGCACAAGCGACAAACCCAACAAAGGAUCCAAAAUAACACCUUCCACACUUUUUUAUUCCGUCCCCCUUCUUCUCUACACACGCUCAAUUUCAACGGUACUCUCCCGAAAAUCCCUUCAUCAGUGUCAAGACAACUAUACACUCAGUUCCAAAUAUCUUCUUCUUCAUCGUACGGCCGACUUGACGGAAAACCCAAUCGAGAAAUCAUACCAAAACACAUUUGUUUCUGUUAUUGAUCUAUUUUGACAUCAUCCAUCUCAAUAACCUAAACAAGAUAGCCUUACCAAUUUUUUCUCCACAAAUUUCUCGCACAGUCACCGCCCACCCACAACGAACAACAACAUCAAUCUCGAGAUUUUCGAAGAACUCAUUCGAUUCAUUUCCAUCAAGACUGCUUCCCAUUAAAAGGAUUUCGUCUCGACAUUCAAGCCAUCUCGAAUCCAAUCCCUAACGACAUUCCGCACGACAAAGAAGACUUUACCAUAUACUCAAUUUGUUACCGAAAAGAAUUUUACUGUGACUUUCAUUAGCCAUGGCAGUUCCGACACAGAUUGCAUACAGAACACUGAAGGGGAUUGGUAUCUUGGAUGCCGCACCUGUCUAUCAACCUUUGCCUGGUUUCCAGAGACCCGAAGGUAACUCUCGCUGCUGUACCUAUUCGCCAUGCGGGCGGUACUUUGCUUGGGCUUCCAAUGACGGAGUGAGCGUCGCUGAUACAUCUUCUGGGCGCACCAUCACUACUCUUCCUACUCCAAAUGUCUACGAACUGGGCUUCUCUCCUCUCGGUUCAUACAUCAUUACUUGGGAAAGACCCUCAAAGGAUGAGAAUGGUGAUGCAGUCAAGAACUUGAAGAUCUGGCGCACGGUGGAGGAAAUCGCAGAGGGAGCUGAGAAGGAGGUUGUUGGGAGAUUUGUGCAAAAAUCGCAAACCGGCUGGAACCUUCAAUACACUUUCGACGAGAAAUAUUGCGCCCGAAAUGUUACGAACGAGGUUCAAUUCUACGAGAGUGGAGAUUUGCGUACAGUUUGGAAUAAGCUUCGUGUAGAGGGUGUUGCGGAUUUUGCAAUUUCUCCCGGAAACAACUAUUCUGUAGCUGUUUUCGUUCCAGAGCGCAAGGGUCAACCAUCUGCCGUCAAGGUUUUCAAUGUUCCUCAGUUCAAUGCCCCGGUUUCGCAAAAGACAUUUUUCAAGGGCGACAAGGUUCAAUUGAAGUGGAACCAAUUGGGUACGACUCUGAUUGUUCUUGCCCAAACAGAUGUUGAUAAGUCGAACAAGAGUUACUACGGAGAGACUACAUUGUAUGUGUUGAGCGCAAAUGGUGGAUUCGAUUCUAGAAUCACUCUUGACAAGGAGGGGCCAAUUCACGAUGUCUCAUGGUCACCAAACUCGAAAGAAUUUGGUGUCAUUUACGGAUACAUGCCAGCAAAGACAACUAUCUUCAACCAAAGAGCUGUCGCUACCCACACAUUCCCUCUCGGCCCUAGAAACACGAUUCUGUUUUCUCCUACUGGUCGAUUUGUUUUGGUAGCCGGUUUCGGAAACUUAGCCGGUCAAAUGGACAUUUACGACGUCGAAAAGGAUUACAGGAAAAUCUGUACAAUUGAAGGUGGAAAUCCUAGUGUUUGCGAGUGGAGUCCUGACAGCAAGUAUAUCUUGACAGCUACAACCAGUCCUAGAUUGAGAGUUGACAACGGUAUUCGAUUAUGGCACGUCACUGGUGGAAUUAUGUACAACGAGGAUAUGGUCGAAUUGUACCACGUUACAUGGAGACCACAACGCCCCGAAAGUUUCCCGGCUGGAGAUUUCUUGAACCCUGUUCCUCAACCACAUUCAUCAGCUGUCGCUUACUUGGGUACGGUGAAAACCCCAUCCAAGCCAGCAGGAGCUUAUCGUCCUCCUGGAGCACGUGGUCAAGCUACCCCGUCUCACUUCAAGCGUGAAGAUGAAGGUGGAUCUGCUCAUUUUGUUAGCAAUGGUACAUCUAUGGUCAACACCAAUGGAUUUGGUCGAUCUCGUAGACAAGUUCCCGGUGCUGAUUUGAAUGAGAACUCUGUUCCAGGAGCCGCACCUUCCGUUCCAGGCGCCGUUGAGGAUGAAAAUCUUUCCAAGGCCGCACUCAAGAACAAGAAGAAGCGUGAAGCAAAGAAAGCAAAGGAAGCAGAGGCUAAAGCAGGUGGUCUUGGUGCUGGAACCCCAGAUGCUCCAAGAGGCCCAGGUGGUGAUCGUAGCCCGGAUCGUAGAGAUCGACAACGUAGUCGCUCAAAAAGUAACAACAUGCGUUCUCCAUCUCAACUCCGAACUCAUGGUAACGGUGGUCCUCACAACCUUCAUCAACAUCCCCACCCACACCAAAACCAACGUCAAAAUGGAGGUGUGUCUCCAAAUGGAGGCGCAGGUACACCAACCAGUGCAGGUGGAAUGAAGAAUCUUUCAAUCAACUCGAAUCAAAAACCAAUCACUCCAACUCAACAAUUCUCGACUCCUGAACUGUCAGUUACCAGCCCAGGUGGUGAUGGUAGUCCAUCUGCUAAGAAGAAGAGAGGAUUGCAAAAGAAGAUUAGAGCAAUUGAGGAUUUAGAAAUGAGGAGAGCUGGUGGUGAGAAGUUGGAGGAUACGCAAGUGAAAAAGAUCGCUACUAAAGGGGCUGUUCAAGCAGAGUUGGAUGCACUUGAUAAAGAGUAGACCUUUUGGGGUGCAGUGAUGUUGUGAAUUGGCCAGUUAGACAAUCCUUUGGAAAAACUUUUUCAUAUCAACCUUUUUAUAUCAUAGUGGUGAAAAUGGGUCUGUAAAUCCAAGGCGCUGGAUUUUAUAUGGUGCAUGGAUGGAUGGAUGGGUAUACUGGGCGUUGAGUCAUGAGAUAUGAAAGUUCUGGUCAAUUCGGUUGAAGAUCAAUGUGUAUGUAUGAUGAAUGGAUUGAUUGAUUGAUAUUCAUCCGUUAGAUGCGGUGGUUUGUAGAGGUAUGAAUAGCAUAGCAUGCAGACAGCGUAUAUCGUAUAUUAUGGGAUAGAAAAACGAAAUAUUAAAAACGAGAUAUGAUAUAUGACGAAUGAGAAUUGAGGACUGGGAACUGAAUGAAGGAAAAAAAAAAAUUGAAGUGAAUAUAUAUUAUACAGAUCUGUACAUGUCAAAGUGGAGUGUGGAUGUGAAUGUGGAUGUGA